GCCUUGAGGGACGUGGUGAUGCUGGAGGAGUCCUGAGAGGCGGCGGCUGACGUAAGUCGCGGAAGAACCAGAAGCGGCUGGUGGGGCAGGAGACGGCGGAGCCAUGAGCAAGGGGAAGUCCAGCAUUCCGGACAGAUGGACUGCCUACCAACCUCUUGGAAAAAGAAUACCUGGAACACGCUUUAUUGCUUUUAAAGUUCCUCUUAAAAGGAGUUUUGAAGGGAAACUUGCUCCAAGUGAGCGGUUUUCUCCAUUAGAUCUUGUUAAUCAAGUAAGAGAGCAGAAGGAAGAACUUGGCUUGAUCAUUGAUUUAACAUACACCACUCGCUAUUAUGAGCCAGAGGAGCUACCAGGUAGUCUGCAGCACUGUAAGAUUUUUACAGUUGGACAUGAAGUACCAGAUAAUGAGACAGUUCUUAAAUUCAAAAGUGCUGUGAAGCAGUUCUUGACGGAGAACCGACAUAAUGACAAACUGAUUGGUGUUCACUGCACACAUGGCUUGAAUCGAACUGGUUACCUAAUUUGCAGGUAUCUAAUUGAUGUCGAAGGAAUGGAUCCAACCAUGGCAAUAGAAUUGUUCAAUAGAUGCAGAGGACAUUCUAUAGAGAGGAAGAACUAUAUUGAUGCCCUUAAAAGAGGACCUGCCCGCAGGAAUCAUCAUGCAGCUGUGUCAGGAUAUGGCUGGAUGAAUAAAGAACACUGCAGAUACACACCCGGUUCUGGUUUUCAAGCAACUGACUUCAAUCCACGAAAUUUGCAACACUGUGCAUUGCAAGAACAAAGGGACAGGCUUGCUGGAAGUAGAAGGGGUCGACGAAAUCCAUACAGAAGAUCUACCCAGAACCAAAAGCACAUCACCUGUUACAACGAAGAUCAGUCUGUUUACAGUCCUCAGCACCCCCCUCCACCUCACAGCAUCCAGCAAAGAUGGAAUCACAAUAGAAGACCCAACAGCCAGUGGUUUGAUUCACUUUACCAGCCCUAUUUGCAGGAAUGUGAACCCUCUUUUCCAGUGCAAAAUCCUCACUAUCCUUUCCAGCAUGGAAGGUACAGUGCAGACAGAAAGUCCAGUCAGAACUUCUAUUGAUGGAAACACAGCUGGCACGGAGGACACUAAUGGAAAAAACACCCUUACCUGAUCUGCUAUUUACUGGUCCAGUGGUAAGCUGCUGGCUGUGUUAAAUCAUUGCUUGCUUGCCAAGAGAACUCCAAAGAUUGUCGAUUCCUUCCAAACACUGCAGAAUUCCUGGCUGAAAUCUCAACUGGAAGGGGUGUAGAAAGCUGCAGAGAUAGCCUUACCAUGAAGGAGAGUAAGAUAUUUUGGAUGCUAUUAAGAACACCAGCAUGGAAGGCAGAAACAUGCAAUUAAUGGGUCAGAAGCUGUGGGAAGUUUUGCUAACCAAAUAAAUCAUUGAAAUAAAACAAUGAGACUUUUAGAAUGUGUGUCAGAUAAUAAAGAAUCUAAAUCCAA